AUGAGUGAAUUUCGGAUUCAUCAUGAUGUCAAUGAGCUGCUCAGCUUGUUGCGUGUCCACAGUGGAGAUGGAGCUGAGGUCUACAUCGAUCUGCUGCAGAAGAACCGGACCCCGUAUGUCACAACCACUGUCUCUGCCCACAGUGCCAAGGUCAAAAUUGCAGAAUUUUCUCGUACUCCUGAAGAUUUUCUAAAGAAAUACGAUGAGCUGAAGUCUAAAAAUACAAGGAACCUUGACCCUCUGGUGUAUUUGUUGUCAAAGUUCACAGAAGACAAAGAGACUCUGCAGUAUUUGCAGCAGAAUGCAAAAGAAAGAGCUGAGCUUGCAGCCACUGCUGCAGUCACCAGCACUACCACUUUCGGCGGCCCUGCAACGGCCUCCAAGAUGUCCAUGCAGGAGCUUGAAGAGCUGAGGAAGCAACUGGGCAGUGUGACCACAGGCUCCACACUACAGCAGUCUCUGGAACUUACAAGAAAGAUGCUUCGAGACAAGCAAAACAAAAAAAAUUCAGGCCAGCAGCUCCCCGUCUUCCCAGCUUGGGUGUAUGAGAGACCAACUCUGGUCGGGGAUUUCCUAACUGGCUCCAGCUUGAGCUCAGAUGUGGCUUUACCCAUAGGCACGCUGCCAUUGGCCUCCCAGGAGUCAGCUGUGGUAGAGGACCUGCUCUAUGUGCUGGUGGGUGUUGAUGGCAGGUACAUCACUGCCCAGCCCCUGGCUGGGAGACAGAACCGCACUUUCCUUGUGGACCCCAACCUGGACCUGUCCAUCCGGGAGCUGGUGAACAGAAUCCUCCCUGUGGCCGCCAGCUACUCCACCGUGACCAGGUUCAUUGAAGAAAAAUCUUCCUUUGAAUAUGGGCAGGUGAACCAUGCCCUGGCAGCUGCCAUGAGAACCCUGGUAAAGGAGUACCUUAUUCUGAUCACUCAGCUGGAGCAGCUCCACAGGCAGGGCCUGUUGUCACUGCAGAAGCUCUGGUUCUACAUCCAGCCAGCCAUGCGCACUGUGGACAUCUUGGCCUCCCUUGCCACCUCGGUGGAUAGAGGCGAGUGCAUGGGCGGGUCUACACUGAGCCUUCUGCACGACAGGAGCUUCAACUAUACGGGGGACAGCCAGGCGCAGGAGCUGUGCCUGUACCUGACCAAGGCGGCCAGUGCGCCCUACUUUGAGGUCCUGGAGAAGUGGAUCUACAGGGGCAUCAUCCAUGACCCUUACAGUGAGUUCAUGGUGGAAGAGCAUGAACUACGGAAGGAGAAGAUUCAGGAAGACUACAACGACAAGUAUUGGGACCAGCGAUACACCGUGGUGCAGCAGCAGAUCCCGUCCUUCCUGCAGAAGGUGGCCGGCAAGAUUCUUAGCACAGGAAAGUACCUCAAUGUGGUCAGAGAGUGUGGUCACGACGUCACCUGCCCCGUGGCCAAAGAAAUCAUCUACACGCUCAAAGAACGAGCAUAUGUGGAGCAGAUUGAGAAGGCAUUCAACUAUGCCAGCAAGGUGCUGCUGGACUUCCUGAUGGAGGAGAAAGAGCUGGUGGCCCACCUGAGGUCCAUCAAGCGCUACUUCCUGAUGGACCAGGGCGACUUCUUUGUGCACUUCAUGGACCUCACUGAGGAGGAGCUCAGAAAGCCGGUAGAGGACAUCACACCCACACGCCUGGAGGCGCUGCUGGAGCUGGCCCUGCGCAUGAGCACUGCCAACACUGAUCCCUUCAAGGACGACCUGAAGAUUGACCUGAUGCCUCAUGACCUCAUCACUCAGCUCUUGCGGGUUCUGGCCAUCGAGACCAAGCAGGAAAAGGCAAUGACCCAUGCUGAUCCCACUGAGCUCACACUGAGUGGCCUGGAGGCCUUCUCCUUUGACUAUAUCGUCAAGUGGCCCCUGUCACUGAUCAUCAACAGAAAGGCACUGACUCGCUACCAGAUGCUCUUUAGGCACAUGUUCUACUGUAAGCACGUGGAGCGGCAGCUGUGCAGUGUUUGGAUCAGCAACAAGACGGCCAAGCAGUGCGCCCUGCAUUCUGCAAAGUGGUUCGCGGGAGCCUUCACUCUGCGGCAACGGAUGCUCAACUUUGUUCAGAACAUCCAGUACUACAUGAUGUUUGAAGUGAUGGAGCCAACCUGGCACAUCCUUGAGAAAAACCUCAAGUCCGCCUCCAACAUUGACGAUGUCCUUGGCCACCACACGAGCUUCUUGGACACCUGCCUGAAGGACUGCAUGCUGACUAAUCCUGAGCUGCUGAAGGUCUUUUCCAAGCUCAUGUCUGUGUGCGUCAUGUUCACCAACUGCAUGCAGAAAUUUACACAGAGCAUGAAACUGGAUAGUGAGCUGGGCCGGCGGGCACUGGAACAGGGCACCAUGCUGGGGCCACCCACAGAGUCUGAGCAGGCUGAGGAGCACCCCCGGAAGGAGAGUGCCAGAAAGUGCCUGGCUGAGCACAUGGAUGCCCCUCAUCUGGUCUCUGGCUUUGAGGCCACCAUCAACAGCUUUGAUAAGAACUUCUCCGCCCACCUGCUAGACCUGCUGGCCCGUCUGAGUGUCUACAGCACUAGCGACUGUGAGCAUGGCAUGGCCAGUGUCAUUUCCAGGCUGGACUUCAAUGGCUUCUACACGGAGCGCCUAGAGCGCCUGUCUGCAGAGAGGAGCCAGAAGGCAGCCCCUCAAGUACCCGUCCUGCGGGGACCCCCAGCACAAACACCCAGGGUGGCGGUCGCCGCACAGUGAGCCCCUGGCUGCAGCUCAGAGGAAGGGCUGGGCCACGUGUGCCAUAGUGCAGAUGGGCUUGGGUCUGAGCACCUCCUUCCUGGAGCACGUGUUGUGCGGUUGUCCUACUUAGACACGUGUGUGGUGUGUGUCAUUGCUGUAGAGUGCUGUCUGUAUUGCUGUCUAGCUCAGGGCUCCUCGUUCUCCAGGCGCUGGGUGUCUUGAUGUGCAAGCUGCCCAGAGCAGGGUGAGGUCUCCUGGACUUUCCUGAUUUAUCUUUUAAAAACACCUUUUUUUGGUGUUUUUUUUGUCUCAAAUAAAGACAAAGUAAAAACAAGGCA